CACUACAUGAACAUCCAUAGUAACUACGGAAGACAUAUCACAUGUUGGUUCCAGGGACCCGACUGUGAUGAGAAAUGGAUUUGCGUUGGUCCUACACUGGCUGUAGAGGCAGCUGAAUAUAUCGUCCCUCCGCUCGAUUUAAAAAUGGGGUGCAUUCAAUCGAAAACAGUCGGCGUGGACGAACCAGCCUCCGGCCGAGCAGAACCCACAAGCAACGAUCCCAACCCUCCAGUUAAACCUCCCCAAAAGAAGAAGAAAGACACAGUACCUUCUUCGGAAGCGUUUGCUGUUAUUGAUGCGCACGCAUUGAAGGCUCCACACAGUGUCCGGUCAUCCGUGACCUCCCUAGCACAGUAUCUGAUGAAACCAGCUAAGAAUAACAUGGAGAAAGUCCGGGCCUUCUACAGAUGGAUUGCUGACAAUAUCAGUUACGACGUAUCCGGGUUCUUUAGCGGCAAUUCUGGUCCUCAGGACGCUGAAGCGGUGCUGAAACGAGGAUCCAGUGUCUGUGAAGGAUACGCCUCACUCUUUCAAUCCCUCUGCGACGAAUGCAAGAUACCUUGCAAAAAGGUCUCCGGUUUCUCCUAGGCAUUCGGCCACGACCCUGAAAGCCCCUUCACCCUAAACACACGAACGGACCACGCCUGGAACAUUGUGUAUGUCCAGGGUGAGUGGCGUCCUAUUGAGUGUACCUGGGGAGCAGGGUACAUGACAAACAACCGUGCGUACGAGAAAAAAUUUGAAGAAUUCUAUUUCCUCACCGAUCCUGAAGAUUUUGUCAUCAAACAUUUCCCAUAUGUUGACAAAAACGUGGAAACUAGUAUCCCUCUACAGCUGCUGAAAAACCCGUACACUCUCGAGAAGUUCAACAAUGCUCUUUGUCCAACGGUCGAGGGUACCAAAUGGAGGUUUGAAUGUAUAAGCCACAAAACCCAAGUUAUUACAGUGGACAAGGAAUGUGAAAUCAGCUUCAAAACCCAAAAUGUGAAACUCAGCGGAUUAAUGUGCCACCUAAAGGAGAAGAACACACAACAAGAAUACACUCAGUAUGUCCUCUUAAGGAAACAGGGAGACAAGUAUACUGCAAAGAUUACACCACCGAAAGAAAGCAAAUACAACUUUGGUAUUUAUGGCAAGCCAGAUUCGUCAUCAGGUCCUACACACAACUGGAUGAUCACCUUUGUUUUGAGGUGUCAGUCUGUCGCCAAAGAUAUCCGUCCAUACCCCGAUAAGCAAGGAUGCUGGGGUGCAAGUGACGACGCCAUUCACUAUGGCUUCACCAGCGACAUAUUGGGUAAGGAUGUGAUUACAACAUCGACUGGCGAAGCAGAGCUCCGUAUAAAGACGUCACAAUUAGUGCCCAUUUCACUGCGUCUCGCCCAAGCAGAAUUGAAUCAUGAUCUGGAUCGGUAUGUGUUUGGUUUUUAUGAAGGCAACACACUCGUCAUCAAAGCAAGAGUAUCCCAUGUUGGCUUUUACAAACUAACAUUAUUUGGACAACGUCCCGAAAACUCUGAAUCAUCUUCGCUGGACGAUGUUGCCGAUUUUCUGAUCGAAAGCAAGAAAGCUGUGAGCAACGUUCUUCCUUUCCCAAAUGCCUACACCGCUGCUCAAAAGUAUGGCUGCCAACUGCACGAGCCUCUUUCGGGGGAUCUUCCAGCCAAUCAGGAUGUCCGAAUUAAACUGAGGUCAGACAGUUUAACUACGUUAAUGGUUAACAAACAAGUUAAGGAAAAGGAAGGUAAAGAGUUUAAUUUUACCUUUAGAACGCCGUCAGCAGGCGAAGAGCUGUGUGUGUUUGGUACCUCAGGGGGAAGUUCAAGCUUUGACGGCCUUUACGUGUACAACAUUGUAUAACUCUCAAUUGUCUCUAUGGACAUUGGAAGAAAGGCACUGAACUGGCUUGAAGCUGUGUUCCUUGACCGCUUGAGAAAGUUAAGAUACUAUUGAAAAGUUUCGUCCCUUUCUUCAGCAAGACACUAAAUGUUUGGUUGUUUUCGUCCCGUGAUUAUUGAAAUAUAUUAAUGUUCAAAUUACAGACAGUCCGUCCAGAUGAUUUGAUUUACAUCCAUGUGUUUUCUUACAAACUGACAUCUGUUUUGUUCGUAGGUACGUCAGACUAUAGGCCCCCGAAUGUGCUACAAGUAUUUGAAUGUUAAACGCCAUCAGAUUUUCAGCUCAUAACAUUACGAACACAUAUGGUGUUGGACUGAAGUCGUAUUCUCUGUCAGAUGAAAACAAAUGAUGAAUUUCUAAAUUUCGUAUUUCUGAUAAUGAACCACAGCGACUUCCAUCAUGCAAUUUCCUUGAACAGUAAGCAGACAUAUUUAGUAUGAGCAUGGGAGGAUAAAUGAGAGACCUUACUGUGGGUAGGUUUGUGUCGGGGGUUUGUCAUCCAAUGACAACAGAAAUAAAUGAUAAAAUAGU